UCGAUUGAAAAAUUUAAUAAAAUUCAGGGCCACAUAGAUUAUUACAGCAAUCUAUUUAACAUUUGGCUGAUUAUUUACUUUUAUUUCUAUAUUAUUGUGUAAUAUGACGCUUAUUGGUGCUAUUCUGAAUAAAGCAAAGUCGGUAGAGUCCGUGACUAAAAAGUACGCGUCGCCUCCGCCUGAAAUUGACCAGAUUCCUAAACGCAAGAGAAAGGUUAUUGACAAGGUGAGUGAUAUGUUCAUAAAUCAUCGAUACAAACAUGUAAAAGCAGCUGUGGAUAGCGCGCCACCGAGUUAUGAUACACGAAUUAUGCCGCGAAAUUUGCCAAAAUGGCGGCGCAACCUCCGCGAUGUGACGCUAGAAAACACGCGGCUAGUGAUGGCUAUCAAAAAGACGCAUUUUAAUCGAGGUAAAAUAGACAAUUAUUGGACAAAACGCCUCCACUACACCAAUAUUUACUACGACAGCCGGGUGAACUUCUACAAGCGAGUGCAAAGGGAUAAUAAGGCUUUGUACUCGCGAUUAGUCAAUGCUAUCCCUCGAAUAGCAACAACAGCGGAGUUGGAACGGGACUGGCAGCGCAACCGGCGAGAAAUUCUUUACAAAGCGGUCAACAAGUUUGUUCUCUUCCCUCCAGUGCCACGAGAGUUAAUUGAAGAUGCUGCCUUUUUAAAACCACCAGGUGUUAGACGACAGAGGGUAUAUUUAAGUGUACGGUUUCGAGGCGGUGCAGUAAUCGGCGAGCUGAAAGUAGAACUUUUCGAAGAGGUGUGCCCCGAAACUUGCAAACUGUUCCUCGAGUUACUAGAUGGAGAUACUGGCUUCGGGUACAUAGGGACUUGCUUCUUUAGGAAGGUGCCGGGGCUGUUCUGGCGCGGCGGGGACGUGGCGCGCGACUGCGGCGGCGGCUGCUACCUGCAGCGCGGCCGGCGCGCCCCGCAGCCCGCGGAGAACUAUCACUUCCCGCACUCCAUGCCAGGUCUGCUGUCGAUGCCGGUGACACGCAACAACGAGGUGUGCGGGAUAUUCAACAUCACUUUCAAACCUCUGCCGCAGUUCGACCUAAACAACGUCGUCUUCGGCAGAGUGAUUCGUCCGUGCAACGUGUACGAAGCGAUCUGCGGUCUGGGGAACGCACUCAGUACUCAGCCCGUUGUAGAGAUAGCAUCGUCAAGGCGCUUCGUCAAUAAUAAGUGGAGGCAAGGAGCCAAGAACACAAAAUUACUUGAUUUAAAUAAAAAUAAACAAAGUGGCUCUUUGCAGGACUUGAGUACCCUUUUGGUAAAAUUAAAAAUGUCAACUUCUUGA